CAUCCUUCCACUCAAUAAAAGAGACUGGCAUACGGCUCCGUACAAUGCCAGUCUUGCUAUUGCUCUUUUAAGAUUUCUGGGUUUACACGGUGUCUCUAUGACGCUGGAGCACGUGAGGUCGUACUUCGGCCGGUACACCCAUCAGCGUGUCGUUCUCGGGAAGGAGAAGAAGUCUACGUUACCUACACUUUAUGACGUCCUCGUCAUUCUUCACUGGUGGUGAUCAUCACAACUCGUUCGGGUUGACACGCGACCCAUCUACUUGAUCUCGGCUCUCCGUCUGUUCGAAGUCUACAUUCGUUACCUCAAACACACGAUGUCGUACUACCUUGCAAUCGUCGGUACAAAGGACAAUCCAAUCUUUCAGAUGGAGUUUGGCUCUUGGAGAGGACGAGGCGAUGGUGUUCCUCGGUUCCGCGAAGCCAUCCGCCACAUGAAUCAAUUCAUCGUUCAUUCGGCAUUGGAUAUCGUGGAAGAAGUUCAAUGGACCUCAUCAUCCUUCUACAUGAAGAACAUCGACCGAUUCAACAACUCAAACAUCUCCGUCUUCCUCACAGCAGGAAACAUCAAGAUCAUGCUCCUGCACAAGAGUAAGCAGGAUGAUGCGAUUCGGGCAUUUUUCCAGGGGGUGUAUGAUUUGUAUGUCAAGUGCCUGCUGAACCCAUUUUACACAGUAGACGCACCGAUCACGAGCCCAGCGUUUGAGGUGAAGGUUAGAGCCGCUGCGCAGAAGUAUCUGUGAUGGAAGCAUGGUAAUGGGCAUUACCCGAGCAGCGAAACAAUAAGGGUAU